CUUCCUUCCUUGAGCACUUCCGCCAAUCCUCUCAUCACUGGCCGUCAAGCCCCCUCUGCUCCGCCGCGCGCUUACAGUUGCUUUCUCCUCCCCUUUCCGCCGCCGUCCCCAACAGCUUCAUCUCCGAUCCAGAUUCGGAAUCUACUAUCUUCGGUGUUACUGUUCCUCGAUUCUGCUGUUGAUUGCGAAGCAGCGAUUUUGAAUCGGCGAAUCUGAAGUGCAAGGAGGUGAUGGGUGAGGGUGAAGGUGAAGGCGAAGGCGGUGGUAGGGCGAAGCAGAAGCAGAGAGCUCGCCCAAUCGUACGCAUAGGGAUCUUCCUCAUCUCUCACAGCAACUUCGUCAGCGUCGUUUGUUUCAUUGCAGGUGUGGUGGCUCUUCUUCUUCUCCCCAUCCUCGCCAAGAACACCUACAUUUCCGAGAAUGCCCUCAUGCCAGGUUCAGCUAACAGCAUGCUUUCCACUCACGAUGUUUCCGAGGCAAAUAAGCUCAUCAACGAGUUAACUCAGUCGCACCUCACUUCCAUUGAAAGUCAAAAACUUAUUGCACAGUAUAUGUCAGCCUUGGAUGCUGAAGUUACUCAUCACAAGUUCUAUCCUCAAUUGAAUCAGUUCCAUCCGCUGCACUUUUUUACCAGUCCUGAUUCAGGCUUAAUCUCAGAAAAUAUAAGCUGUUCCUUGCUAGGGGUGAACACUGUUGGAAUUGUUAGAGCGCCACGUGGGGAUGGCAAGGAAGCUAUUGUCUUGGUAACACCUAUCAAUUCGAAGAAAGUUGGUCCAGGGGAGGCUUUGUCUUUGGGCAUUGCUUACUCAGUGUUCUCACUGCUUUCGCGAGUUACUUGGCUGGCGAAGGACGUUGUAUGGCUUGUGGCUGAUUCUCAAUAUGGAGAGUAUUCUGCUGUGGCUGCUUGGCUAACAGAAUAUCAGGCCCCUGUUUCUCGUGGAAUUGGCAUAGUUAAUAGUGAACAGUGUAAUGGCAGCAACACCAUUGAUGAAUAUGACGGGUUUAGACGUGCUGGAACUAUGGCUGCAGCUCUUGUAAUUAAGGUUGCAGAGCAAGGUAACCAUAUUGAAGACAGUAUUAAUAUUUAUGCUGAGGCGUCCAAUGGCCAGAUGCCGAACCUCGACCUCAUCAAUAUUGUAAAUUAUCUAGCGGUGCAUAAACAGGGUUUGCGGAUGAAAGUGAAGAAGAUGUGGUCUCUACUUGGAUCCAGGUGGCUCAAUACUUUAGGUGUUAUAUUUGAAUCUUUGGGACAUAUUGCUAGAAGCUUAGAUCCUAAAUGGAAAUUCAGUAUUCCUGCUGCUGAAUAUGUUGAGGGCGCUGCUACCCUGGCAAGUUCAUUGUAUUACCAGGGUUUGGGUGUUCCCACUGGUCCUCAUGGUGCCUUCCGUGACUAUCAAGUUGAUGCAAUUACUCUGGAAAUUCUUCCAAAAGUUUCUCCUGCUAAAAUGAUCAGGCGUAAUGAUUUCAUGCUCCGUGGCGGAAGGUUGAUUGAAGGAAUCAUACGCUCAAUAAACAACCUUCUUGAGAAGUUUCAUCAAUCGUUCUUUUUGUACCUCUUGACAUCCCCUAGUAAGUUUGUGUCGGUUGGCGUUUACAUGAUUCCAUUUGCAUUACUUGUUGCGCCGCUUCCAAUAGUUGCGGCUUCCCUCCAUGCUGAUGCUAAUAAAUCCACUCCCCUAGCCACACCUGCCUCUGAAGUUGAUGUCAACCGCAAAUCUUGGAAAUGGCUGAACUCAGCCAGAAAGGUCUUGGUCAUUCAUUUAUGGGGUGCUGUUGUCUCCUUACUCCCAUAUUUCCUAUGCCAAAUACCCAAUACCACGGCAACAACAAACUUUAUAACAUGGGGUUUGCUAUCAGCUUUUAGUCUCGUAAUUCUGUCCUUGAUAUUGGGCUCUCCAAUUUUUGAAACUGCAGCAUCUCAACCUGAGAAAAGUGAAUGGGCUAGCUUAAAGUCUGUAACCAUAUCAACCACUUUCAUUGGUUUAUCUCUCAUGUCAGUCAUUAACUUUGCUACAGCAGAAAUCGGGGCUUUACUCAUCGUCCCGAUUUGUCUAAUGGCUCGACCAUUGAGGCUUGAUGUUCAAGCUAGGAGCUUGAGAACCUUACUAAGGGCCAUUUGUAAUCUUGCUUUAGGUUUUAUUGGGUUUCCGCCAGUUGCAUAUGUUCUAAUGAAAGGCACGUUUGAAGGUUUUCAUGGUACUAAUGUUGGUGACUAUUGGAAUUGGGUGGAAUCCCUUUGGACAUGGAACAGUGCCACUUACCUCUACGUAGGUGUUGUUCAUCUGCCAUGCUGGGCACUGUGUGUUCACAUUUUAUUUCAUCAUUGUUGACAUGUACUAUUGGUUAGUUGGACAUGCAAUGCAUGCAAGAAAUUUUUUCCCUUCACGUUUAUGUAUUUUUCUCUAAUUCAUAUCAUAUUUCUUCACGAGUCAUUGUCAUUGUAAUUAGGUUAUGAAAACUAUUGAGCAGUAGAGAAGGAGAAAAGGUUUAGAUGCCUAAAGUGUGAAUUAUUGUUGAGCCU